AUGGCAGAACUGGCUAACCCUUUCCUACAAUAUCCUUCCUCCCUGAAAGUUUUAUUUUUUUCAUUAUUGCAUUUAUUUCUUCUUCUUCUUCUUCUUCUUCCUACUUCUCCUGCUCUACCAACUCUUCUUCAUCCUCUUUCUCCCUCUUUCUCCGUCCCCUUGCUCUUAUUCUCCUCAUCAUCUUCGUCUUUUUGUCUUCAUCCUCUUUUUCCACAUUAUUUUCUUAAUUUUUCCAAAUUUGUCUACAACCUUAUGUUUGUUGUCAUCCUUCUCCUACUCCUUGCUUUCUUGCUGCUGCUGCUGCUGUUGUUGUUGUUGUUCUUCUUCUUCUUCUUCUUCAACACUGACACAUCCAUUUACUCUGGAUUUCACAUCCACUUCAUCUUUUCUCACUCUCUGUGUCUCCCUAUUCCUUCCUUCCUUCCUUCUUCCUCCUCCUCCUCCUCUUCUUCUUCUUCUUCUUCUUCUUAUUAUUAUUAUUAUUAUUAUUAUUAUUAUUAUUAUUAUUAA